AUGCUUCUGCGGCGCAUGACAGCGAGGGGCACGGCCUUGGUGGCUGCAACCCCACUCUUAUUGAGCUCCCGUGCUUACAAUAUGUUUGUUUUUCGUGACCCGAAGCGCCGCCCUCAGCUAACGGAGGAGGAGCGAGCCAAAGUUGUCAUUAAUCAGGAGGAGUGGCCCGAGGAGUUUAAAGAUUUUGACCCCGAUGAUCCGUACAAGAAGAGCCCCGAGAUUAUUGAGGGAAUGACCAGCUGGAACCUCUUCCUCUGGGGCGUGGAGUGCGCCUUUAUUUACCAGUUUUACGAGCUUGUGUUUCCCAAGAGCAUUUGA